UUCCUGCGUGACCGCAUGCCGGCGGACAUGUCCCUUCCGGCGCCGCGGGUGCUCUAUUCCUACUCCCACGCCGCCACGGGCUUCGCGGCUCGCCUCACGGGUCGCCAGGCCGCGCACCUCGCGGCCCAGCGCUCCGUGCUCGCCGUCGUGCCCGAUGUGAUGCAGCAGCUACACACCACGCUGACGCCAUCCUUCCUCGGCCUGUCGGCAUCGUCGGGCUUGCUACCAGCGUCCAACGGCGCCACGGACGUCGUCAUCGGCGUCCUCGACACCGGCGUGUACCCCAUCGACCGCGCGGAGUUCGCGGCGGGCCCGUUGCUGCCGCCGCCGCCCGGCAAGUUCCGCGGUGCCUGCGUCUCGGCUCCGUCGUUCAACGCCUCCGCCUACUGCAAUGGCAAGCUCGUCGGCGCCAAGGUCUUCUACGUGGGGUAUGAGGUUCAACUUGGAGGCCCGAUCAACGAGACGGAGGAGUCCAAGUCGCCGCUCGACACCCUCGGCCAUGGCACCCACACCGCCUCCACCGCCGCCGGCUCUGCCGUCCCGGACGCGGCUUUCUACGGCUACGGCAGAGGGAACGCCGUCGGCAUGGCCCCGGGCGCGCGCGUAGCCUCCUACAAAGUGUGCUGGAAAUGCGGAUGCGCAACCUCCGACAUCCUCGCGGCGUUCGACGAGGCCAUCGCCGACGGGGUCGACGUCAUCUCCGCUUCAUUCGGCUCCUCCGGCUACGCGGAGCCGUUUUAUGUGGACUCCACCGCCGUGGGCGCCUUCAGCGCCGUCCGCAAGGGCAUCAUCGUCUCUGCCGUAGCGGGGAACUCCGGCCCAGCUGAGUCCACCGGCAACAAUAUCGCGCCCUGGUUCUUGACCGUCGGCGCGUUCACCAUCAACCGCCAUUUCCCGGCGGACGUCGUCCUCGGCAACGGCGAUACCUUUUCUGGCGCUUCGCUCUACGCUGGCCCGCCGCUUGGCGCUACCGAGACACCGCUCGUGCAUGGCCGGACCGUCGGCUCGAAAACCUGCGAAGCUGGGAAGCUGAACGCCAGCUUGGUCGCCGGGAAAAUCGUUUUGUGCGACCCUGCCGCAGCGUCUAAGAGCAUCUCCAACAAGGCUGUCAAACUCGCCGGCGGCGUCGGAGCAAUCCUCACGAGCACGAAAGAAUUCGGCGAGCUGGUCGUCGGCAGCCCCCACACCUUCCCUACAACAACCGUCACGUUCGCCGCUGCGAAAAGGAUUAAAACGUACAAGAACAAGACUACGUCCCCGGUCGCGACGAUCGUGUUCCGCGGCACGGUCAUCGGCCCGACGCCUCCUUCCCCUAGAAUGGCAUCCUUCUCGAGCCGCGGGCCGAACCUCCACGCGCCGGAGAUUCUCAAGCCGGACGUCACGGCACCCGGCGUGGAGAUCCUCGCCGCUUGGACCGGCGCCGCCUCGCCCUCGGGCCUCGACAGCGACACGAGACGAGUGCACUACAAUGUUCUAUCGGGCACAUCCAUGGCGUGCCCACAUGUGAGCGGCAUGAUGACCACCAUGAUGACCACCGCGAUCAAGUCCGCCAUGAUGACCACCGCGUACAACGUGGACAACGCCGGCCACGUCAUCGGAGACAUGGCCACCGGCAAGGCGUCCACGCCGUUCACGCGCGGGGCAGGCCACGUGGACCCCAACCGCGCCCUUGACCCAGGCCUCGUGUACGACGCCGGCACGAACGACUACGUCACCUUCCUGUGCGCACUCGGCUACACCGCUGACGAGGUUGCCGUCUUCACGAGAGACGGCUCGUCGACCAAUUGCUCGACGCUCCCGGGUUCAGGCUAUGUUGGAGACCACAACUACCCGGCCUUCGUGGCGGUGUUCACCUCGCGCAACGAGACCAUCACGCAGCACCGCAUGGUGCGCAACAUCGGCAGCAAUGUGGAUGCGACGUACCGAGCCACGGUCACCAGCCCCGCCGGCAUGCGCGUCGACGUGAGGCCGCAGAAGCUGCAGUUCAGCACUACGCACAACACACAGGAGUACCAGGUCACCUUCUCUAUCCGAGCCGCGGGAAGCAUAAAGGAGUACACGUUCGGGUCGAUCGCGUGGAGCGACGGAAAGCACACUGUGACGAGCCCCAUCGCCAUCGCCUGGCGGCCGCCGGUGAGCGAAGUCGCGGCCAUGUGA